CAGAGGACGUCGCCGCCAUCUUCCCGCCUGCCUCGGAGCAGCCGGAGGUAGACGGCCUGGAAAAUGCCGAGGCAAAAGGCGCGCGCGAGAAGAAGGCUAGGCCCCCCGCGGAGCGCAAGGAGUGGAGCACCGACGUGACGACCGUGAUGAUCAGGCAGCUCCCGAGGCAGUUCACGCAGGUGAUGCUCUUCGAGGAGCUCACCCGGCGCGGCUUCGGCCGCCUCUUCGACUUCCUGUACCUGCCCUUCGACACCAAGAAGGGCUCCAACGUCGGCUACGGAUUCGUGAACUUCCUCCAGCCUCAGCACGCGGAGCUCUUCCGCAGGGAGUUUGACGGCACGUACAUGGACGGAGUGGUGUACCAGCAGGACAAGCUGAUACACGUGCACCCUGCGUCCGUGCAGGGCUACGAGGCCAACCACGAAUACUUCUCCCAGACCAGGUCGCUGCAGAGGCUGGACCCCCGGUACAGCCCCAUCUUCCUCCCGGGCGGCUUCCGCGACAGCGUGGCAGACAGGUGCGAGCCCGGGGCGCCACGCCCUGAGGGCCCCGGCCGGCGGGCGCCGCGCCCUCCGCCCACCCAGGGCGCAGCGGCCCCCCCCCCCCCCCCCUUUCGAGCAGUGGCGAGGGUUGGGCGGUGCCCUGGGCGGGGCGCCGCAGCACGGGGCGGGCCUCACCGCCAUGGGCCCCUGCCCGGCUCCUGCCCCCGGGCGGCGGUGGCGGCGCCGUCUCGCCCUGCCCCCGCGGAGCGGCGGCGGAGGGCCCUCCACGCCGAGCGCAGCCCGGAGGGCCGGCUCGGGGCGGCGCUCUCCGCUGCCUGCGCCCCCGCUGUCCCUCUUCCUGCUUCUCCUGCUCCCCUGCUCCUUCUUCUCCUCUGAAACAACAACACUGUACGGUGCCGGCCUCCUCCUUCUCCUCUCGAAGCGUGGCAGCGCUUGUACAAAGGUUUCGCCGCGUGUGUCUCGAGCAGCCUCAGUUUGUUUCCCCGCGGUCAUCAUGCACGCGCCGGAUUGUCGCCGCUCAUCUUGGUCCCCGCACGAUGCGCAGGAUGUUGAUUCGA